CAAUCAGGAUGUGACAUCACUGACAGGAAAAAAAGCAGUUUGUUUGAAGCAAACUUCCCAAAGCUCAGCGCACACUGCACCGUCCUGCGUUUGCACGCAGCCAACAAGAACACGCUCCCUAAACUUUGGUUCCAGUUGGUUCCCCCCGUUUCACACACUUGGAUUGGUCCUAUCAGUUCCACACACUCGGAAGUGCCUGCAGGACCGCUGGACUUUAUGGGGCAGUGCGGGGGCAGCAGCUGAAUAAGCACAUGAUUUCUGACUGAAGGCACCAGUUCCCACGGUUAAUACUUUGAGAGUGGUUAUUCAUAUCAGUUUUGGAGUUGACUAUAUAUGUAGUCAACAGCCAUGGCUCUGUGCCUUAACCAAGUAUUCAAUAAAGACAGAACAUUUCGUCCCAGGAAGAAGUUUGAACCAGGAACCCAACGAUUUGAGCUCUACAAAAAGGCCCAGGCCUCCCUGAAAUCUGGACUUGACCUUAAGACUGUGGUCCAGUUACCUCCAGGAGAGAAUAUAAAUGACUGGAUAGCUGUGCAUGUGGUGGACUUUUUCAAUAGAAUAAACUUGAUUUAUGGAACCAUGUCUGAGUUCUGCACAGAGAGGAGUUGUCCCAUCAUGUGUGGUGGUCUAAAGUAUGAAUACAGGUGGCAGGAUGAUAACAAGUACAAGCGGCCUACAAAGGUUUCUGCUCCACUCUAUAUGAACAUGCUGAUGGAAUGGAUCGAAACAUUAAUAAAUAAUGAGGAUAUCUUCCCAACCAGAAUGGGUGUCCCCUUUCCAAAGAACUUCCAACAGGUUUGCAACAAGAUACUCACCAGGCUCUUCCGAGUUUUUGUUCAUGUCUAUAUCCAUCAUUUUGAUGCCAUCAUCAGUGUGGGAGCUGAAGCUCACGUCAACACCUGUUAUAAGCACUUCUAUUAUUUCAUCACAGAAUUCAGCUUGGUUAACCAUCGGGAGCUUGAGCCACUGAAAGAAAUGACUGAGAAGAUCUGCCACUAAACCUGGAGCCAAGAUGCUUUGGUUACUAUACAUAUAUGUAUAUAUUUUUUUAAAAUAAGGACUGGAUGAUGGAGUCUUAUCUGUUCCAAGAAUGUGAAUCUGUUUUUUAUACUAGCAAGAGGCUUUUUAUAAUCCUUUUUUUAACAAGGAUAAACAUGUUUAUUUAUUUAAAUGAUUUUCCACAUACACACUUUAUUUCAUCACACCAGUAUUUUAUAUACAAUAGACUCCAUGAAACUAGACUAUUUUUGAUGCAUGACCUAAAACAAAACAAUGUUUAAAAGACCUACAGGUAUAUAUUAGAAUGUACACAACUGCACCAAAAUUACUGCUUGUGACAAGAUCUUAUGCACUCACCAAAGCACAGAUGUGUAAAUGCAAAGACUUUAUAGUAAUAAAAAUAUUACUGCUGCAGGAUGUCAAUAACUGAGCAAGCACAGGGUUAUCAAACAAAUGUAUAUUAACAUUUCACUAUCCAGUUAGAAAUUAAAAAUGUGUUGUUUUUUUUUUUUUUUUUGCUGUGGACUUUUCAUAAAUGGGCAAAAAAGCACCUGCACAAAGGGUUCCAACAUCCGCACUUAUGGUGUAAGGAGAAUACUGUAUAUCUCUUUAGCAGCAAUGUAGUCCCUCAUUACUAUGACACAAGCACCACCUGAGAUGCCCCGGGAUUACCUGAUCCUAGAACACAAAACUAUAGCUAUGUGAUACAGUACUAGCUACAGUGCUUCCAUUACAUAUCAUUUCAUCAUUGACAUUGCUGGUGUAUGUGCAGUAAGUUAGAAAAGUAAUGACACUUUCUUUAUGGGAGAUUGUCUUUGUUUACCCUAGGCCCCGCCCUAAAACAGCACUGGCUAUCAAAGGCAUGUUUGGAAAAAAAUGUGUAAGAUCAUGUGGUUAUAUUUAAACUUUUGUCAUGUAUAAACAAAGUGGACUCCCAAAACUAUUACUUCACCUGAGAUUUACUUUUGUCAUGACCAUGUUGGGAUGUUUUACUUCUUCACCUACUAUAGUUUAACCAAAACUAAAUGAAGUCAAAAAGUCAGCCUAGAAAAAAGAAUAAACCAUAGAUACCAUCAUGUUACCUUCUACUAUGCUCAUGCUACCUUCACAUUUAUUUGGACUAAACCUGCCUGAUUUGGAUGAAAGAUCAUUGCAUUGUUCAAUUUGCAGUUCCAUAUGCUUUCAUGAGUAAGUAGUUACUGUAGCUGCACUGUCUGAGGUGUUGUGGGUUCUGUAUGGACUCAUUGACUUUGUUUCCUUGACUGUCACUGAAGACUUUCUAAGAAGCCUUUCCAAAUCUUUGCAAAGGCAGUCAUGCAAUGGAGUGUUCUAUUAGUGGCAUUUUUCCAUUUGCAAAAACACAUUUUUCACAGUGAAUUUCUGCAUAUUCCUUUUGAUAAAAGUGCAAUUAUUCUAUUUUUGUAUCUA